GAAACAUUAUUAAUUAUAACCAUCGCACCUGCCCAAUUAGAAGUCACAUCUAAUGUCACUAAGCCCCGCUCACUUUUUGUUAAUAUUUAAAUAUGUCGUAUGUAUACUUUUCUGAUUGGAGGACACGGAGAAAAGGCGUGCCCACAGCGAAAUCCAAAUAAUGUGAUUGGAUCGUCUUUAGUCCCGCCUCCACCAGCAGCAGACAGAGAUGGACGCGUUGGUGAACCGUUCCACUGCGUCGCGUUCGGUUCUGCGUUCAUAACCGUUAAAGUACGGGACUUCAGCGCGUUUGAUUAAAACAAACGCAGUUUAUCGCUUGUUUCCAUCGUACUGGGAUCUCAAGCCAGCGAGAUGGCAGACAGCGGCGGCUGCGUGACGCUCCGCGGCGCUCUGAUCCGGGACCUGCUGGACUCCAAACACAACGUGCUGUUCGACUGCGACGGCGUCAUCUGGAACGGAGAAACAGCCGUUACUGGAGCUCCGGAGGUGGUCAGUCUGCUGAAGCAGCGCGGUAAACGCGUGUUCUUCGUCACUAACAACUGCACCAGGCCGCGGGAGAACUACGUGCAGAAGUUCAGCCGCCUCGGCUUCACUGACGUCGCGGAGGAUGAGAUCUUCAGCUCGGCGUACUGCUCCGCCGCUUACCUGCGCGAUGUGGCUCGGCUGGAGGGGAAGGUGUACGUGAUCGGCUGCGGCGGGGUGAUGAAGGAGCUGCGGGACGCCGGGGUGCCGGUGGCGGAGGAGGAGGACGCGGAGCCGGGCGCCAGCAUCUACACCUGUCCGCUGGACCCGGAUGUGAAGGCGGUGCUGGUGGGAUACGACGAGAACUUCACCUUCAUGAAGCUCGCCAAAGCCUGCUGCUACCUGAGGAGCCCCGAGUGUCUGUUCCUGGCCACUGACCCGGACCCCUGGCACCCGCUGAGAGGAGGCAGGGUCACCCCGGGGUCCGGCAGCCUCACGGCCGCUCUGGAGACGGCCAGCAGCAGGAAGGCCACGGUCAUCGGGAAGCCCAGCCGCUUCAUGUUCGACUGCAUCGCCAGCCAGUUCGAUGUGGACCCGGCGCGCUCGCUGAUGAUCGGAGACCGGCUGGAGACAGACGUUCUGUUCGGCAGUAACUGCGGCCUGACCACAGUGCUCACGCUGACCGGGGUCUCCACGCUGGAGGAGGCGCUCGUAUACAGAGACAGCCAGGAGCCGCAGAAGAAGCACUGCGCUCCUGAUUACGUGAUGGAGUCUGUGGCUGACUUCCUGCAGGCUCUAGACGAGUGACAGCUGCACUGUUCCUCAACGUCUGAGAAAACACCACAGAGCUCCACUCAGACAUACGAGACCCUGGAGCACAAAACCAGUUGGUAGGGUCAAGUUUUCUAAAUUGAGAUUUAUGCAUCAUUUGAAAGCUGAAUAGAUAAGAUUGAUGUAUGGUUUAUGAUCAGACAAUAUUUGGCUGAGAUGCAAAUGUUUGAAAAUCUGUAAUCUGAGGGUGCAAAAAAUCUAAAUAUUGAGAAAAUCAUCUUUAAAGGUGUCCAAAUGAAUUCUUAGCAAUACAUAUUACUAAUCAAAAAUUAAGUUUUUAUAUAUUUACAGUAGGAAAUUUACAAAAUAUCAUCAUUGGACAUGAUCUUUACUUAAUAUUCUAAUGAUUUUUGACCCAUACAAUGUAUUUUUGGCUAUUGCUACAAAUAUACCCCAGAGACUUAAGACUGCUUUUGUGCUCCAGGGUCACAUAUUUCAUCCAUUUUAUUUUAUUUUCCUGAAAGGUAAGAAUAUAUAAGGGGUUUAAUUCUUUAUUUAAUUUGUGAAUUUAAAAAAAAAAAAAAUUAAGUUGAUUUUUUUUUUAUUUUAUUAUUAUUUUUUUUUUUUUUUUUUUUUUUGGUGUUCUUUAUUGUUGAAAAGCAUUUAAGAGGACUUAAAUGUUCAUACAUUUUAAAAUUGUCAUAAUUUCUAAAGAUUUUUAAUAAUUUUCUAAAGCUAUCAAAUAAAACAUGAUUAGUGAUGCCAUGAGUGAUAAUGACAAUAAUUAACCUUCAAUUACACAAUAACAUGAAAUAAAAUAAGCCCCUAAAAUACCUUUCAAUAAUACAAAAAAUAUUCCAUUAAAAAUUGUCAUUUUAUUUUUGAAAGGUGAUUUAUAUUUAGUUUUAAAAAGGUAAUCAAGUUUAGCUCCAUCUGUCAGAGGAAUCUCCUCAGAUAAGACUCAUUUAUGCAUCUCAUGCGUUCAACAGACAGAGAGCAGUGUAUUAAAGAGGAUGAAUGUGACUCUUUGAGAAGCAGUCGUGCAUGAGAUGAGCUCUGUGUGUCUGCAGGAGGUGUCUUAAUGACACUCAUCCUGAUGUCCUUGUGUGAAUAUUACCUCUUGUGCUCCGUAGAAAAAUUUUCAUCUGGGUUUAGAGGGGGAGCAACACAAUUUAUAUAUUGAUUAAAUAUAUAUCUCCCCAUUUACUUAAUUUACUUUGUGUUAAGGGAAUUUUAUUAUAUAUUUUAUUCUAUAAUAUAUAAUAUAAUUUGUAUGUAUAAAUGCAUGUGUGUGUGUGUGUGUGUAUGAAGAAAUAUAUUGUCCCCUAAAAUGGAAUUACCUUUUAAUAUUAAAAUAACAUGAAAAAAAAUCUAAGGUAAUAUUUAAGAUUUAUUUUUCAUUUCAUUUUUUAUUUGUUUAUAUACUUUUUUUUCAUAUUUUCAGAAUUAUUUUUAUUCAAAUAUAGUUACAUUAUGGGGAUAAAAUUUCUUUGUGUGUAUGGUGUGUGUGUGCUUUCAAAUUGAUUUGAUAUUUGAAAGGUAAUAAUAAUAAAUGGAUUUAAUUUGUCAUUGUAUAUGAAUUUGUGUGUGUGUGCUUUAUUAUUGAAAUGUAAUUAAAUCACAGUCCUCUUAAAUUCUAUUUUUGAAAGGUAAUAUUUAAUAUAUUUAAUUCAUUUCAUUUUAUUUUCCUAAUUUUUAAUUGUAUUUUUAUUUAUUAUGGGAUUUUUUAUUUUUUUUGUCAAAAUGCAAUAAAUACAAUCCCCUUAAAUUGGACUUUUGGAAGUUAAGUGGAAUAUAUUUUUUUGCAUGUGUGUGUGUCUCUGCCAACAGCUGCUCAGAAGACAAUCAGCUAAUGUCCCUUGAGUCCAACACGAGUUAUGAAGUAAACCGCAUAGGUGAUUAGUUAAGUCUAGAUGAAGCACUGUGCCAAUCCAAAUCUCUACUUGAUAAUGGGACAGUUUAGAGCAGCUUGACCAAUGCAGAAAAUAAUUUAUGUGCCAGCUACUGUACGUGUAUUUAUUUAGCUUUAAUUGCAUUAGUGUUAUCUGACUGAGAUUUGUUAUUCAGAUCUGGAUGAAAAUGUCUGACCUCUGCUCACUUGUUUGUUGAUUGGGUUUUGAAUGCCUUUUAUUAACAAAAGUGACCUUUUUGACUGGAGUAGUUGCUGUUUGAGAGCCUUGUCACAUGUUUUUGAGCUUCACAUGAAGUCGAACCACUGAAUAUGAAACGUGUGUAAAUCUGACGUGCCAAACUCAUCUGUGUGAACGCACUGAAUGUCAACCUGGAUAAAUGAGAUUAAAUCAUAUUGUGGUUUUGAUCCUAGUCGCAGAAACUGGACCCGUUUUUUUAUAAAAACGUAAUCCUGAGUGAUUUCUGGUCAUGGUUUAUUGUCUUUAGACUUUGUCCCCAUUAUGAACAUCUAAUUCUGAACUGUGAUCAUAUUGAAGACAAACAUGCAAAUGCAUCUGCUGAUGGAUUUAAUGCUCUUUAUGUGAUGUGAAUUCACUUUUUUUAAAGAAAUAAAAAUAUGCCUUGUA